UAGCGGCUUUGUUUCGAAAAUCUCCUGCAAUGGCUGAAGUUGUCCCCUGUGGCAGUCUUUACUGUCAAAAGAACUGCUACUCACGCCAGCUAACCUCACAAGUGGUCUCCUGCUCACCUGGAAAAGGAGGAGAGUAUGAGAUUGUGCUGGUUGACACAGUGCUCUUUCCUGAGGGAGGAGGUCAGCCUGAUGACAGAGGAACAUUGAAUGGGCUAGAGGUACAUCGUGUAGUGCGCCAGGGGGCCAAAGCAGUACAUUUCACCAAAGCCCCCCUGGACGUGGGGGGCAGUGUGAAUAUUGAGAUUGACUGGGGGAGGCGGUUUGACCACAUGCAGCAGCACUCAGGACAACACCUCAUCACAGCUGUCGCCGAUAGGGACCAUGGAUACAAGACAAAAUCAUGGUACCUCACUAUAGGAGAGACUAACAGGUGCUAUAUUGAACUGGACACUCCCAAACUGAGCGCUGAUGAAAUGGAGAGUAUUGAGAGGACCUGCAACGAGCUAAUUAGACAAGGGGUUCCCAUGACACCAAUGUGGUACUCUACCAAAGACCCAAAACUGGAAGCUGUUCGCUCGAGAGGUCUCCCCGAUGACUUUGAAGGCAGUGAGGUGAGAGUGGUGGAGAUAGAGGGACUGGACGUCAAUAUGUGCUGUGGUACCCACGUCUCCAGUCUCAGUCACCUGCAGUGUGUGCAGCUACUGUACUCUGAAAGCAAGAAAGGGUCCACUCUGCUCUAUUACAUAGUGGGAAACAGAAUCCUCGGCUACACAAAGAGAGCGUUUGCUAAUGAAACAGCCUUGAAUAAACUGCUCAGUGUAAGUAUGACUGAGCAUGUGGACGCAGUAGAAAAAGCACAGAAAAACAGUCGUAUUACAAGCAAGGCUUGUAGGAACCAACUGCGGGAGAUAGCCCAGCUCCUAGUGUACAAGCACCUGCAUAGUGCGCCAAGGGAUCCUGUGGCGUGUGUGCAUCGUGAUGAUGGGGACAAUGAGUUCAUGAACGUAAUGGCUAAUGGACUCACUGCAGAGGGGGUCACAGUGCUGGUGACUGUGGGGGGUAGCAGUGGGCCGGGGCAGGUGCUUCUUGCAGGGGAAAGCGAUUUUGUUGCAGCAUUGGGUCCAAAAGUUAUGGAUGUUCUGGAUGGCAAAGGUGGUGGUCGGAAAGGUCGUUUCCAAGGCAAAGUAUCGAAGUUAGAGAAGAGAGGAGAAGCUGAAGAACUUUUGAGAAAAAAUAUGAAGGACUGACUAUUAGAGAGUGCAGUGACUAUUAAUUUAUGUUGUGCUGUUUCUGUUCAUUGAUUGUGGCUUGAGCAAAGAAUGUUUCUGCUAAUCAUUGUGUGUGAGCCACGCCCCCUUUUAUUUGCUUACAUGAGCAACUCCCACUCACACAGUCUUGUAUAUAGCUAGCUAUAAGCUUCUGAGAAAAGUAAUCCGACUACUGACUAAGUAGAGAGAGAGCUGAAGAAUACAGCAAGCAUCAAGCAUCUUAGUUUACUCUGUGUCUGCGAGUUUUGAGCAAGG